AGCUCCCGGAGCCCAGUGCGCGGCCCGCACUCCGCGCCGUCGGCCCCGGCCCCGGGAUGCAGAACGUGAUUAACACGGUGAAAGGGAAGGCGCUGGAAGUGGCCGAGUACCUGACCCCCGUGCUUAAGGAAUCAAAAUUUAAGGAAACAGGUGUGAUCACCCCAGAAGAGUUUGUUGCAGCUGGAGACCAUUUAGUCCAUCACUGUCCAACAUGGCAAUGGGCUUCAGGGGAAGAAUUGAAAGUCAAGGCAUAUCUACCAACUGGCAAGCAAUUUUUGGUAACUAAAAAUGUGCCUUGCUAUAAGCGGUGCAAACAAAUGGAAUAUUCGGAUGAAUUGGAAGCUAUAAUUGAAGAAGAUGAUGGUGAUGGGGGAUGGGUGGAUACAUAUCACAACUCAGGUAUUACAGGAGUGACAGAAGUAGUUAAGGAGAUUACCCUGGAAAGCAAGGAUAGUAUAAAACAAGACUGCUCAGCUUUAUGUGAUGAGGAAGAAGAGGAAGAUGAGGGAGAAGCAGCAGAUAUGGAAGAAUAUGAAGAGAGUGGACUCUUGGAGACAGAUGAGGCUACUCUGGACACAAGAAAAAUAGUAGAAGCUAACAAAGCUAAAAAUGAUGCUGGAAGUGAAGAUGCUAUUUUACAAACCAGAACUUAUGAUCUUUAUAUCACAUAUGACAAAUAUUACCAGACUCCAAGACUCUGGUUAUUUGGUUAUGAUGAGCAACGGCAACCUUUAACAGUAGAACAUAUGUAUGAAGACAUCAGUCAAGAUCAUGUGAAGAAAACAGUGACCAUCGAAAAUCACCCUCAUCUUCCACCACCUCCCAUGUGUUCAGUUCACCCAUGCAGACAUGCUGAGGUGAUGAAAAAAAUCAUUGAGACAGUUGCAGAAGGUGGAGGAGAACUUGGUGUUCAUAUGUAUCUUCUCAUUUUCCUGAAAUUUGUACAAGCGGUCAUUCCAACAAUAGAAUAUGACUACACAAGACACUUCACAAUGUAAUGAAGAGAUAAUAAAUUCUAUGCUAAUUAUUGAUUAUAAUUUUAAAAGAUUUAACCCAUAUAGAUGUGACCAUACUUACCAAUGAAUACAGUUUCUGUAAUAAAGGGACUUAUGUUUAUUCAUUAAACAAACAAACAAAAAAAAAAAGACGUUCCAUUACCAGCC